AUGCCCGGCAAAGUCAAGGCGUACGAGCUCCAAUCUAAGUCCAAGAAUGAUUUGACGAAGCAGCUCGUUGAGCUGAAGAACGAGCUCUUGGCUCUGCGGGUGCAGAAGAUUGCGGGAGGUUCUGCGGCAAAGUUGACCAAGAUCAACACCGUCCGCAAGUCAAUCGCACGGGUACUGACCGUUACCAACCAGAAACAACGGCAAAAUCUCCGCGAGUUCUACAAGAACAAGAAGUAUUUGCCUCUUGACCUCCGUGUUAAGAAGACACGGGCAAUUCGGCGGCGUUUGACGAAGCACGAGGCGUCGCUGAAAACACUCAAGCAGCGCAAGAAGGACAUCAACUUCCCCAUCCGGAAGUACGCUGUGAAAGCAUGA